CAAUGGGGUGGGUGGGCAGAGGCGGUGAGGCCGCCCGCCAUGGACACGCUGCUGCCGGUGGUCAACAAACUGCAGGAGAUCUUCCACACGGUGGGGGCUGAGCUCAUCCACCUGCCCCAGUUCGUGGUGGUGGGCAGCCAGAGCAGUGGGAAGAGUUCGGUGUUGGAGAGUAUCGUGGGGCGGGAUUUCCUCCCGCGGGGGUCCGGGAUCGUGACCCGAAGACCCCUGGUGUUACAGCUGGUAAACGUGCCGUGUGCCGAGGAGAGGCGCCGGGCUGCCAGCGGAGAUACGGAUGAUGGACAGACACAGGCGACAACCUCCUCAGGCAGCUUCGCUGAAGAAUGGGGAACUUUUAUACACUGUAAAACCAAGAUAUUCACUGAUUUCAAUGACAUUCGUCAAGAGAUUGAGAAUGAGACCCAGAGAAUCACUGGUGCUAAUAAGGGAAUCAGCCCAGAGCCCAUUCAGCUGAGGAUUCACUCACCCUACGUGCUAAACCUGACACUCGUCGAUCUACCCGGCAUCACCAAGGUACCAGUCGGGGACCAACCCCAGGACAUUGAGCAGCAGGUGAGGCAGAUGCUGGAGCUUUACGUCACGAACCCCAACUCCCUGAUCCUGGCUGUGACGACAGCCAACACCGACCUGGCCACGUCGGAGGCUCUCAAACUGGCCCGGGAUGUGGAUCCUGAUGGACGGCGGACUCUGGCGGUGGUAACAAAGCUGGACCUGAUGGACGCUGGCACUGAUGCCAUGGACGUGCUGACAGGCAGAGUCAUCCCUGUCAAACUGGGCAUCAUUGGGGUGGUCAACAGGAGUCAGCACGAUAUCAAUGUAAAUAAGAGCAUUGCAGAUGCUGUACAGGAUGAGCAGGUCUUUCUGCAGAGAAAAUACCCUUCCCUGGCCUCCCGCAAUGGGACCAAGUAUCUGUCACGCACCCUCAACAGAUUACUGAUGCACCACAUCAGAGACUGCCUGCCUGAGCUGAAGACCAGAGUCAACGUACUGACAGCCCAGUACCAGUCUCUGUUGAGCAGCUACGGGCAGCCAAUUGAAGACCACAAUGCCACCCUGCUCCAGAUCAUCACCAAGUUUGCCACCGAAUACUGUAGCACCAUCGAGGGCACUGCCCGCAACAUCGAGACGUCUGAGCU